AUGUCGACGCUCACCCCCGGCUCACCCUUCCCCGCAGGCGUGACCUUCACCUACGUCGCGCCAACAGGCAGCCUCGACUUGACCGUUUGCGGCCUGCCCAUCAAGUAUGACGCCAGCGAGGAAUUCAAAACCAAAAAGGUGGUCCUCGUCGCAGUCCCGGGUGCCUUUACACCAACCUGCCAAGAGCAGCAUAUCACCUCUUACCUAGCCAACCUGGACAAGCUCAGGGCCAAGGGAGUCGACAGCGUCAUCUUCAUCGCGUCCAACGACGCCUUUGUCAUGUCGGCGUGGGGCAAGGCGAACGGAAUCAAGGAUGACUCUAUCCUUUUCAUGUCGGAUGCUGGCGCAGAGUUCAGCCGUAGCAUUGGCUGGGCGGCCGGCGAUCGGACCGGGCGGUACGCCCUUGUCAUUGACCACGGCAAAGUCAUCUACGCCGAGGUGGAUACUCAACGGGGAAGUAUCGAGCAUUCCGGGGCUGAGGGAGUUCUGGCGAAGCUCUGA